CCAAGAUGGGGGGUGAAUGAGUCGUUUGUUUGUCUGUCCCGCUGUCCUCUCCGGCCUUCGCCUGGCGCUCGGUGCCUGGCAUCCAGUGUAAUUUCCUCUUCAUAACGACCACUGCCAUCCGCGCCAUUAGCAUUUUUACUGCAGCACGGGCAACACUUGGUGCGCGAGUGUGUGUGAGUGUCGCUUCGGGUCUUAUUAUGCAGGGAAUGGGGAAGACAGAGAGAGGGGAGCAGGGCCGAGACAUCGACCUGACAUCGCUGAGAUCCACCAUGCCGGCUGGCGGCCCGCUGCAGGGCGGUUCCAACCUGAACAUGAACCUGUACGCCACCAAGAAGUCGGCAGCUGAGGGCAUGUUGGACAUCGCUCUGUUCCUGGCCAACAUCACACACAUGAAGACGGUCAUCGAACAGGGAGCUGGAUACAGGUACUACGCUGCUGUUCUGACGCUCAUCUCCUUCUCCCUGGCUCUUCAGAUUGUGGCUGGAGUCCUGAUCAUCGUCAUCGCUCGUUUUGAACUGACCCUCCUCCCCUCCUGUCAGCGGUGUUUAAACUUCCUGAACAAUCUGAUCACAGGCAUCAUCUUCCUCACCCUCAUCGUCAACAUCAUUAAAUCGGCCUUCGGCACACAGCGCAGCUGGCUGCUGGGAUGGAUGUUUCAGCGUUUCUUCCUAUGAGACAUUCACACACUGUACGUUCAUAAACACACAUGAUUAAAGUUGCUCUGUGCACAAUUUAAAUCCAAUUUCAGCUCUACACAUUUAUUGAACCAAAUUAUGUUUAUUAGAGUUAGGUGAGUUACGUGACACACUCGUAAACAUACACACAAUAACAGCAACAUCCAGCCUCAGAGCAAAUUUGAAAUGAACUCACAGUAUUAACAACUAUACAUGAUACACAAGAGAAAUGACUUUCCAUCUGACUCACAAAAACAAAUAAACCAAUAUUGCAAUUUCCCAAAAAUCUAACUCCAUUAAAAUGUAUAUUGGCCUCUAGACAUCAGCUCCAUGAAAGCUCCACUUCUAUUAAAGUCUCUAGAAAAAACCUUCCACUUCUCUCCCUUUGUUUUCUGUAACAAUCACAAGGGUGUGACUUGUCCCUUGCACGGCCCAAAGCAAAUUUGCGUCUGUUGACCUCCACUGGUGUAUUUGCAUUGAACUUGUGUGUAAAAUUCACUCGACCAGAGUCUGCACAAGUUCACAGGAUCUCCUCAGAGGGGAUUAUUUACUUUAAGUACAAAUGAACCCGUCAUUUUGUCACUGGGUCAUAAGUUAUGGGGGUGAGGGUCCCUCCCAAUAAUCAAAACCGGCCUGUGCAUCACUGUCAAUAAUCAUCACACUGAAUGAGAAGAAAUGACUGUUAAGAAACGUGAUACAGUUGGUUUUUCUCGACUCAAUUCAAUUUGCAGCACGAACAAAUAAUAACUUUUUAACCCCCUAUUUUAUUUUAGCUACUUUUGCUACUAGGAAAUUGGUUUUAUCUCAAGUAUGACAUAAGAAUAGUUAUUAUUUCUAUUGAUAUAUCAAACCAUUUUUCAUUGGUAAGAAAUAAUCCAGAGUAUUUGACUGUGACAUUUGACCUCAAUCCUUUCAAUGUUCAGCCCAGACUUCAGUCCAUGAGUCAACAUGUCAGUGGACAGAGGCUGGAGGGGGAGGGACUGAUCAGUGUGUGAACGUGCUGCUUGCAUGAGAGCAUCUCUGUGUUUGUGUUGGAAUGGGCUAUGUGUUUGUCUGUGUGCAUGUUUCAACUGUAUGUAUGUGUGUGGGUGCGUUUAAAACGUUUGAAAUACGUUUGUGUGUGUGUGUGUGUGUGUGUGUGU